AAAUACAUACCGUAAUUAAGUCCAACUCUAAGGAGUUUUUUGAUGUUCUUCAAGUACUGUUACUGUAAUCUUUUUCAUGUACGAAUUUCAUCAGUCUCCUUACCACUUUCAUUUGCAUUUUCUUCAUUUUGUCAAACAAAGUCAUCAACUUCAUGUUACACCCAAUGGUACAUGAAUUUGAACAGCUGAUGUGAAUAUUAUAGGAGUGGUGGAAUUCUAGACUAGUGAUGGAAUGCAACAAAGAAGAGGCCGUCAGGGUUAGAGGGAUUGCUGAGAAGAAGAUGGAAAAUAGUGAUUUCAUCGGAGCUAAAAAGUUAGCAUCUAAAGCCCAGCAGCUCUUUCCUGAUCUGGAGAAUAUUACACAGAUGGUUUUGGUUUGUGAUGUGCACUGUUCUGCAGAGAAUAAAACUUUCGGAAAUGAGAAAGAUUGGUAUGGUAUCCUUAACGUGGAGCCAACAGCUGAUGAUGCUCUUAUAAGGAAGCAAUACCGCAAGUUAGCUCUCUCGCUACAUCCUGAUAAGAACAAGUUCCCUGGUGCAGCUGAUGCCUUUACACUGAUUGGUGAAGCUCAAAAGGUGCUUUUGGAUAGAGAAAAACGUAUGUUGUACAACAGUAGACACAUUCCUUCAGGAAGAUCUCAAGUACCAAUGCAGCAGCCGGAUAUCAGGAUACAUCCUUGGGUACAAAACAAUUCCAAUCAGCAAGGUACUCAAUCAGGAGUUCCUACAAGCCAACCAACCUUUUGGACUGCCUGCCCAUUCUGUUCUGUUAAGUACAAGUAUUAUACAACCUUGCUAAAUAAACAUCUGUGGUGCCAAAACUGUAAGAAGUCCUACACAGGUCAUGAACUAAAUGCUUCAGAUGCAACCAAUAGGAGACAGCCAACUUCCAAGAACAAUGAUACAACAAACCAAGGCCAUGUUAAAGAGACUUGUGUGAGCUCUACAAGCAAGAGAAGUUGUCAGAAGAAGGCUGCUGAUAAAACCCUAGCCAGGAAUCCAUUUAUGCAAGUAGAGUUUCCCUCAGAGGUUGGUCAGGAGUCUAACAGCAAUGGAAAAAUGAAUAAGGAGGGCUUGUCAGGGAGUCGUAAAAAUAAAAACACAAAGAGAAGGAAGACAUCAACAGAAUCUAGUGAAAGUUGUUAUUCAUCAUCGACAAGCAUAGACUCUGAAGAAGAUACAAACUUUGAAUGUCUUAGUGAGGAAAAUCGGCGAAGAUCUACGCGGUCUAGACAGCGUGUCACUUACCAUGAUCAUCUAAGUGAUGAAGGCGAAGAAGAAGAUCCUUCUAAGCGAUCUAAGGGAGUUGGAUAUCCCUCUCCUACCAAGGAGUCCGAGGUUCAGCAUUUGUCUCAUGCAGCAACUCCCAAUGGGGAGGAGAAGAAAUUAAAGGACAGUUUGUCCUCUGAGGAGAGCUUGCACAACACAGAGCAGGAACCUGAAAAAGGCUGUGGACAUACCCUUGAUCUUCCCUCAGAUCUAGGGCCUUCUACUAUGACUGAGCCAGAAACAUAUGAAUGUGCAGAUCCAGAUUUUAGUGAUUUUGACAAGGGCAGGGAAGAAUCUUGCUUUAAAGUUGGACAAGUGUGGGCUGUUUAUGAUACUCUGGAUGCCAUGCCUAGAUUCUAUGCAGUCAUCAGGAAGAUUUUCUCUCCUGCAUUUAAGUGGCGCAUAACUUGGUUAGAGCCGGAUCCGCUGAAUGAAUUUGAAACCAAAUGGCUAUCUGAGGGGUUACCAGCUUCUUGUGGUAGGUUCAGACUGGGAAACUCAGAAUACACUGAAGAUCAUCCUAUGUUCUCACAUUUGGCAUGUGCAAUAAAUGGAACCAGCUGCAAUGCGAUAAAGAUAUAUCCACGUGAAGGAGAAACUUGGGCCAUCUUUAAAGAUUGGGAUAUGGAAUGGUAUACUCAUCUUGAGAACAAGAAGGAGUACACCUACGAGUUUGUUGAGAUCUUGUCAGACUAUGCUGAUGAUAUUGGUGUUCAUGUUGCGUACUUGGAUAAAACAAAAGGCUUCACUUGUCUUUUUCAUCGAGUAGGGAAAAGAGACCUUCUAAUUCCUGCAAAGGAGAUAUUUAGAUUCUCUCAUAGAGUUCCUUCAUUUAAGAUGACAGGGAUGGAGAGGAAUGAUGUUCCUGAAGGAGCCUUUGAACUAGACCCUGCUUCCUUACCUAUUGACCAAGUAGGCAUUUCUGUUUCUGCAGAUCUUGACUUCAAGCCCGAGAAUGCAUACCAAGAUGUUUCUGCAAUGAAAUCGGUGGGUAUGUCAAAGUCUGAAAAAUAUACAUCACCUCCUGGCAGGAUGGAACGGGAUGGGAAGCCUCAAGGCAUUUUAUCUCCUACAGAUGGGCUGGAAGUGAAGCUAAAAUUCGAAGGAGAGACAUCUUCGGUUGGUUCAAAGGAAAAGUCCGAAGGAAAUGCACAUCCUGCUGAUAGACGAUCCAGAAUUAACUUAGGAAAUAAUUCACCUGUAGACCAAAGAGAAACAGCUAAUUCUGUAAAUUCUGCAGAGAACUGUUUUGCAUCAGUAGCUAAUGAGGUUCCUGAACCCAAAUUCUACAGCUUUGAUGCUGAGAGAUCACUGGAGAAGUUUCAAGUUGGUCAAUGUUGGGCGAUGUACAGUGAUGAAGACGCCAUGCCUAGGUACUACGGGCACAUAAAGAAGAUAGAUCCUAUCCCUAAUUUUGCGUUGCAUGUGGCAUGGUUUUAUGCCUGCCCACCACCUAAAGGUAUAAUGCAGUGGCGUGAUAAAACAAUGCCAAUUGGUUGUGGAAAUUUUAAGUUUCAACAUAGAAAGCCGAAGAAAUAUAUGGACGCCAAUGCCUUUUCACAUCAAGUAGUAGCAGAACAUACGGAGAAGAAGAGUGUAUACAAGAUCCUCCCCAAAACAGGUGAAGUUUGGGCAGUAUAUAAAAACUGGAGUGCUCAGCUGAAAUGUGAUAAACUAGAAGAUUGUGAAUAUGAAAUUGUUGAAAUACUGGAUGUUACUGAUAGUUAUGUGUCUGUAAAGUUCUUAGUGUGGGUAAAAGGAUUCAAGUCUGUCUACAGGCCUGAAGAGGCUAAUGGAACAGUGAGGAUACCUCUAUCCGAGCAGCUCAGGUUCUCUCAUCAAAUUCCUGCCUUUCGCCUGACAGAAGAGAGAGGUGGCAGCCUGCGAGGUUUCUGGGAGCUUGAUCCAGCAGCAAUGCCUGUUUAUUUACUUUGUACGGACUGAACAGAGGCGAUGUGAAGAAGCAUUAAGCUUUUCGUUUGUUUAUCCUAGACCAAAAUGUGAAGAUUUUUGUACAGGAUGGUCAUGCUAGUUUUAAGCUUAUCUCUUCUUAGUUUAUAUCCUUGCCCAGAAUUUGAAGCUUUUUGUACAUUAUGGUCAUGCCAAUAGCUGAUAGUUGGAGUUUGUUUCAUCUGGAUGCAUUCCUGAAAUGCUAACUAGGCUAUGCCUUUAAACAUAGUUUGAUGAUCCUUCUUUGAAUUGAUAUGCAGUUACUAUGAACAGCUUAAUUAUGGUUGCUUGGUAAUAU